AUGAUAGAAGAGAACUGGAAGCGCAUCGUGGCCACUACAAAUCCAUGGGCAAAUUUCAGAAUACCACCACAUCAAAGUAGUGAACCUUACGUUAAUGUUGUAACCGGCUCGUUAUCCAAAGCUAUUGGUAAUGAUAGUUCACUUUUCUUUGCUUCUUUGCAGGUUCGAGUUAAAGACUUGUUAGUCACGGUCGAGACUAAACAAUAA